UAAUUGUCAAUCGGUACAAAAAUAACAAUUGUUUAAAGAAAUAAUACAAAAUCUGAGAGGAGGGGAACAAAGAAUAAGUAAGAACGUGGCAACGCCUCUGUUCGUGUCAACUGCUGCGCUUGGAAAAACAAUUAAAAAAAAAUACCGACAGAGAGGCAUCACCAAGAAGAAAACUUGUUUUGUAUCUGCGGUUUACCUAGGACCGUGCGAUAACGAUUACAAGUACAUAAAUAAUAAUAACGCUGCAAGCAGUGCCAAGGCCGCAUCUAAUAUAUCAUCAGUAUUCAACGCCACUCCGCGCCAGGCACUAGAUCAAGGCAGAAUCAAACCUAAAGAUGAUACCUGGCUAUGGACCCGUCACGCAAGCCCUGCUGGGCACGCUGCUCACCUGGGGUUUGACGGCAGCUGGUGCGGCAUUGGUCAUCUUUGUGCGAGGCAAUCAACGGCGUUCAUUGGACGCGGCAUUGGGCUUUGCGGCAGGCGUCAUGAUCGCCGCCUCAUUCUGGUCACUGCUCAACCCAGCCAUUGAAAUGGCCGAGACCUCGCAUCUGUACGGCUCCUACUCAUUUAUGCCCGUGGCUGGUGGCUUUCUGCUUGGCUCGAUCUUUGUGUAUGGCUGCGACAAGCUGAUGUCAUAUCUGGGCUUGAACAGCACCAACAUGAUGAUCCAGAUGACGCAGAACAGCAAGGAUAAGGCAGAUAUUGCCAUCGACGAGAUGAAAAUGAAUGGCUCAGCCACAGAUAGGCAUACGUCCAAGAGUCUCGACAGCUUCUCGGACUGCCUGAGCGUGCAGCACAGCGGCGAGUCGCGCAGAAGGAAGAAGGGCGGCAGCAUUGGCGAGGUGGAGCAAUGCACAUAUACAGCGGAGGCGACGCUGGAACAGCAGCGGGCCCAGGAGGCGUUGUCACAGUGGAAAAGGAUCAUGUUGCUUGUGGUGGCCAUUACCGUGCACAAUAUACCCGAAGGCCUCGCAGUGGGCGUGAGCUUUGGCGCCGUGGGCACAACGAAUAGCUCCACAUUCGAGAGUGCUCGUAAUCUGGCCAUUGGCAUUGGCAUCCAGAACUUCCCCGAAGGAUUGGCGGUCAGCUUGCCCCUGCAUGCCGCCGGAUUCAGUGUGAUGCGUUCCCUGUGGUAUGGUCAGUUGUCUGGCAUGGUGGAACCAAUCUUUGGAAUCUUGGGUGCGGUGGCUGUCACCUUCGCUAACCUAAUUUUGCCCUAUGCCUUGUCAUUUGCUGCUGGCGCCAUGAUCUACAUCGUGGCCGAUGAUAUUCUACCGGAGGCGCAUGCCAGUGGCAAUGGCACAAUUGCGACAUGGGGCACAGUGUCUGGAUUUUUGAUUAUGAUGUGCUUGGAAGUGGCGCUAUCGUGAUAAGGCAAUGUCCACAACGACAACGAGGACACAUGUUCCUAUGCAUGAUAUAUAUGUAUGUAUAUAGCAUUCCAGGAAAAGGAUUUCACAAAAAUCAUUCAUAGUGUUAAUUUCUUUUAAAUAUCGUACUUAAACGCAAGCGCAUUUUUUAUUGUAUUGUAAAUAGUGAAACAGGCCUUAAGACAUAUAGUAAUGUACAUGUAGUAUAUAUAUUAGCAGAUAUCUCUGUAACUUUUAUAUAUAUACAUACAUAUAUACACAUUUGUUAAAAAUCUCAGAAAGUUUUUGCCUGCUGCGCGCUUAACGCAAUCAGAACGAAAGAAAGAAGAAA